AUGGAUGAGCCAGAGAAGAAAAAGGCAAUUAAGUAUGCCGUCUUGCAAAAACACGUUCCGUAUUCGUGGUAUUUCCGGGAUGAGAGCGAAGAUUUGCCACCAUUACAAUACUUGGAGAAACCACCUCAAACACGUUGCUACUGCGAUGAAGACUGUCUAAAAAGGGGUGAUUGUUGUUCGGAUCACUAUGAGACAUGUCCACCCCGAGAUUGUCAAGAAGGUCCUUGGUCACCUUGGAGUCGUUGUAUACCUGAUAAAGGAGCCUGCGGACUCGGCAAAAUGAACCAAACCCGCCAAAUCCUUGCUGAAGCCUAUGGCGGAGGUCGAGAAUGCGAGCCAACCCUAGCAAUGGCCUCCUGCUGGAUAACGUGUGCUGAAGAUGAAUCUGCCCAUUUGAUCGACUACAGCUACACAACAAGCAGAAGUUUUCCAAAUGAAACCGACCCUGACUUACAACCCUAUUGUGAUGAAUACGAGAUGGAAAUGGUGUAUCCGUCCCCCAGAUGCCUCAUGUUCAUUAUGUCGAAAAAAUUAGUGGCCGGGAAGCGGUAUUGCGCCGAGUGCCAUCCGGCCACGGUUCGCAUGACUCACAAAAAUCGGUGUCGCGGUGACGUCGAGAUCGGCCUCUCCAAUUUCUGGCUAUUCACCCACAGCGAGUCCAUCUACUGCAAGGGCAAAUGGAAGCACACGGGCCAUACCCCGAAUUGUCGCUGCACCCGAUUCCCAGACCUAGAGCCACUUCUAAAUUAU